AUGGACGACCCCGAGCUCCAAGCACGCCUCGCGGCUCUCGACUCGGAGCUAGAAGAAGGGGACAUUACCCAGAAGGGAUAUGAAAAGCGCCGAACCCUACUCCUCGCGCAAUACAACUUGCCUCUCGAAUCCCCCGGAUCAACAAGCCACAGACACUCCUCCUUUCAAGCCCGUACAAGCUCCCAAUCGCCCUUCUCACGGAAUGACUCCAACUCGCCCCAUUCACCGAGGACCAUGUCGAUGCGGCCCGAGUCAACUCAUAACCCUAUAACGCCUACAUCGAUGAGUGGGCACUAUUCCAGCAAUAUGAGCAGAGCAUCAACACUAUUAUCGGCAACGCAGGGUUGGGAAAAUGGUGCCGGCGGUGGUGAUGGAGGGCAACGGCAAGGCUAUAUUCAUCCGCUAGCACCUCAACAUCUCCGAAACCCUGGAGGCUCCAACAGCUCUGUAUCUACGGUUCCUCAAGUAUUACCCCACUCCCGAGACAAUUCAAUCUCUCUUCAGCUGCCAGGAAUGCACGUCCGGAAUCCUUCAGAUAACUCUGGAAAUGGAAUUUCGAGUCAGCGAGAUAGCUACGGCUACCCGCAGCAACAACAGUUGCAAUAUGACUACAACAAUCUUCCUGCGGACUAUCCAUUAGGCGGCAAUGUUGGUGGUGGGGCCUCUCCUCGGGAAAACACAAUGGCAGGAUAUUUCUCCGACUUCACGGCACAGGGUUAUGCAGGUGGAGCGCCCGAACAAGGAUAUACACAGAAUAUGAUGAACAGGUACAGCGGAGAGCCUGGAAUGGGGCCGCCAUUCUCGCCGUCUGUUACAAUACCACCACCCAUGCUUUCUUCUGCCGAUCUCCCCCCACCAGGCGCAGUAAACUAUAUGCUCCCGCUUGAACCUCGAGAUGUUCCAUUUGCCGUACACGAUCCUCACAAUCCCAAUAUACCAAUGUCAGGAUUCGAUAACCUUGCUGCCGUACUCCGCCAUCGUUCCAAGACAAACCCAAAGCAGCACGCGUACAUAGUACUCGACACAAAAGGAAAGGAAAUGGCCGCAAUCUCUUGGGAAAAGCUUGCCUCCCGUGCCGAAAAGGUCGCACAAGUAAUCCGCGAUAAAUCAAAUCUUUACCGUGGAGAUCGGGUAGCAUUGGUAUAUCGUGAUGUCGAAGUGAUCGAGUUUGCUGUUGCCCUCCUGGGUUGUUUUAUUGCUGGAGUAGUGGCUGUGCCAAUCAAUAAUCCAGAAGAGUAUCAAAAGCUCAACCACAUUCUCACCAGCACACAAGCCCAUCUCGCCCUUACAACGGACAACAAUUUAAAGGUCUUUCAGCGAGAUCUAACAACCCAAAAGCUCUCCUGGCCUCGUGGAGUGGAAUGGUGGAAAACCAACGAGUUUGGUUCAUUCCACCCUAAACGCAAAGAAGAUGUUCCGCCCCUCCAAGUCCCCGAUUUGGCUUACAUCGAUUUUUCCCGCUCUCCCACUGGUGACCUCCGUGGUGUUGUAAUGUCUCAUCGAACCAUAAUGCAUCAAAUGGGGUGUCUUUCAGCGAUUAUAUCUACUGUUCCUGCCGAUAACAGUAAAGAUACCUUCCACCCCUCCCUUCGCGACAAAACCGGGCUUCCUAUGUCCGGAAGAGCUAUGGGUGAAACCCUAGUGUCUUACCUUGAUCCCCGUCAAGGAAUUGGUAUGAUCUUUGGUGUUCUUCUCGCUGUGUAUGGUGGGCAAACAACAGUCUGGCUGUCACAGGCAACUGCUACCACAUCAGGUCUCUAUGCAAAUGUUAUAACCCGAUAUAAGGCUACCCUUUGCCUAGCAGACUAUCCGGCGUUGAAAAUCGUGGCCUACAACUAUCAAAACGAGCCCAUGGUCACUCGUAAUUAUCAAAAGAAGCUUACAGUAGAUUUUUCAACAAUUAGAUUCAUGCUCAUCGACGCUCUUACUGUCGACGCUGAGUUCCACGAGAUCCUUGCGGAUCGUUGGUUGCGGCCGCUGAAGAACACUCGUGCAAGGGAUGUUGUUGCGCCAAUGCUCUGUCUACCUGAGCAUGGUGGUAUGGUCAUCUCUAUGCGUGAUUGGCUAGGUGGCGAGGAACGCAUGGGUUGCGCUCUUUCACGGCCUGAAGAGCAUGAAGACGAAGAUUCUUCUGGAGGCGAAGAAGAGGAACGCCCUGGGGUAGGGAUUAAUGGAUACUCCUCUUUGUUAUCUGGCGGUAUUGCGAGAGAAACGGGAAAAAAGGUUACUGAGCUCACGGAAGUUCUGCUGGACAAGGAGGCGUUGAAGACGAAUGAUGUCAUAGUCCUCGCAAUUGGCGAGGAAGCACAAAAGAGGGCAGGCGAUCCAGGAACAGUUCGAGUGGGAACAUUUGGGUAUCCUAUUCCCGAUGCUACCCUCGCUGUUGUAGAUCCAGAAACAUUUCUCCUCUGCUCUCCGAAUGUAGUCGGUGAAAUCUGGGUUGACUCGCCCAGUUUAUCAGGAGGUUUUUGGGCACUACCGAAGCAGACAGAAUCCAUCUUUCAUGCGCGUCCUUACAAAUUUGAAGAGGGCAAUCCAAACCCUGUAUCACUUGAUCUAGAAUUUCUACGAACAGGUUUGUUGGGGUGUGUGAUCGAGGGCAAAAUAUUUGUUCUAGGAUUAUACGAGGAUAGGCUAAGACAAAAGGUAGAAUGGGUGGAGGAAGGUGCAGAGGGAAGGGAAGAGUUUAGAUGCUUUUUUGUCCAGCAUUUGGUUGCUUCCAUAAUGAAGAAUAUCCCAAAGAUUUUUGAUUGUUCGGCGUUUGAUGUGUUUGUGAACGACGAACAUCUUCCAAUCAUUUUAUUGGAAAGUCAGGCCGCGUCGACGGCACCAACGGCAGCGGGUGGGGUGGCAAAACAGUUGGAUAUCGCGUUGCUGGAUCAGCUAAGUGAGCGGUGCAUGGAUGUACUCCUUGAGGAGCAUCAUCUUCGGGUAUACUGUGUUAUGAUCACUGCACCCAAUACUCUACCCAGAGUUCUAAAGAAUGGUCGAAGAGAGAUUGGGAAUAUACUGUGCAACAAAGAAUUCGGCGCUGGCACUCUUCCUUGUGUGCACGUAAAAUUCGGCGUCCACAGAGCGGUCCUCAAUCUUCCCAUCGGAAUCGAUCCUAGUGGUGGUAUCUGGUCCCCACUUGCAACUCAAGCUCGUCAAGAGAUUCUCAUGCUGCAAGAAAAGCAGUAUUCCGGGGUUGAUUACCGUGAGGUCGUGAUCGACGACCGAACAUCAACCCCACUCACAAACUUUUCAUCAAUUGUCGACCUACUUCAAUGGCGUGUAGCUCGUCAAUCUGAAGAGCUCUCUUAUUGCACAAUUGAUACUCGCGGUAAGGAAGGUAAAGGCGUUACUUGGAAAAAACUAGAUACGAAGAUCGCCGCUGUGGCGAGCAUGAUGAAGAAUAAAUGGAAGAUCAAGAGCGGUGACCAUGUAAUCCUCAUCUACACCCACAGCGAAGACUUCGUGUAUGCGAUCCAUGCUUGUUUCUGUCUUGGUGUCGUUGCAGUUCCACUCGCGCCUCUAGAUCAGAAUCGGCUGCCCGAGGACGUCCCAGCGCUCCUACACAUGAUUAAGGAUUUUGAUGUUAAGGCCAUCCUCGUCAACGCAGAGGUCGACCAUCUUCUCAAAUCAAAACCAGUGAGUACGCACAUGAAACAGACUGCCGCGGUCUUGAAGGCUGCAAUUCCUCCAAUUCACAAUACUGCCAAGCCGCCAAAGUCAAAUUCUGGAUGCCGAGACCUUGGAUUCACGAUGAAACCGGCGUGGGUGCAACCGGGAUUCUUAGCGUUGGUGUGGACAUACUGGACACCAGAUCAACGAAGAAUAGCAGUUGGGUUAGGACAUGAUACGAUAAUGGGGAUAUGUAAAGUUAUGAAGGAGACAUGUCAAAUGACAAGUAGUAGGCCAGUUGUGGGGUGUGUGAGAAGUAUCAGCGGAGUGGGCUUUGUGUAUAGUUUGCUUAUGGGUGUUUUUGUUGGUGCACCGACGUACUUAGUCUCACCAAUUGAUUUUGCCCAGAACCCACACAGCCUUUUCUUAACCUUAUCGAGAUACAAGAUCAAGGAUACUUAUGCGACGCCGCAAAUGUUGGACCAUGCGAUCUUGAACAUGCCGGCAAAAGGUUUUACAAUGCAUGAAUUGAAAAAUAUGAUGAUCGCUUGUGAAGGGAGACCUAGAUCCGAUAUAUUCCAGAGAGUUCGGUUGCACUUCGCCGGUGCUGGGCUGGAUAGAACGGCUAUCAACACCAUAUACAGUCAUGUUCUCAACCCUAUGAUUGCUUCACGAUCAUACAUGUGUAUUGAACCUAUUGAGCUUUGGCUUGAUCCUAAAGCACUUAGAAGGGGCUUGGUAUACCCUGUCGAUGCGGAUACAUGCCCAAAUGCUCUCCUCGUGCAGGACUCCGGUAUGGUCCCGGUAUCGACACAGGUUGCUAUUGUCAACCCAGAGACAUCUCUACUUUGCCAUACUGGUGAAUAUGGUGAAAUCUGGGUCGAAUCUGAAGCAUGUGUUAAGACCUUCUACGGAUCUAAUGAUCCGUUCGACGUUGAGCGAUUCAAUGGAAAAACUGCAGACGGUGAUCCGAGAAUAACAUAUGUGCGUACCGGAGAUCUCGGGUUCUUACACACUGUUUCACGGCCCAUCGGGCCGGGCGGCGCGCAGGUCGAAAUGCAAAUUCUUUUUGUGCUUGGUGCAAUUGGAGAAACUUUCGAAGUUAACGGGCUAAGUCAUUUCCCGGUGGAUAUCGAGUAUUCAGUUGAGAGAUGUCAUAGAAACAUCGUCUCCACCGGAAGUGCGGUAUUCCAAGCAGGCGGCCUCGUAGUAGUGUUGGUUGAAGUGAAGGUCAAAUCGUAUCUAGCAUCCAUGGUACCAGUCAUUGUCAACGCGAUACUUGACCAACACCAGUUAGUUGUUGAUAUUGUGGCCUUUGUGGGUAAGGGUGACUUCCCAAGGUCAAGACUUGGAGAAAAGCAACGGGGGAAGAUAUUGGCUUCAUGGGUUCAGCGUAAAAUGCGUACAAUUGCACAGUUCGGCAUUCGAGAUACGGAUCGCUCUGUGGAUCACCAUGACCAUUCAGACAAUAUGGGCGGUCGACCAUCAACCGUAUUAGAUCGAACAUCAACAAUAAUGAACGAAAAAGCACCGCAAUUAAAUAUCAAUCUCCCCGUUGAGUUAGCAGACAAUGAGUUAAACUCGCCCGUUGAGUUGCCCACCCAUUAUGGUAACCACUCGCCCACUCCAGAUGAAGGUCGAAGUGAGCAUCAUCAACAGUGGACAGAGGACAACAGCGGAUACGGGAUAGCAACAAGCACAGCUGAGCCGACGCCGCCACCAAAAAGUAGAAAACGCCCGUCGAUCUCGUAUGGGUCUACAAAUGAGGGGGGUUUAAGGCCAUUAAUGGUUGUUGGGGCUGAGGGAACAGACAGGCCGCAUAGCGACUACGAUCAGUAUCCAACAGAGGCAAUCAUGCAUAUGCAGCUGAACGACCCUGACACAUCAAAUUAUGGACAGGCAAGAUAG